UCCAGAGAAUACAGAAACACAAUUUCCUUUUACCCCAAAAUCCCCAUUUCAGCACCAACCCACGUCAUUCUCCACUGCCGUCGCCGCUCCGUCACGGUUGCUUUGCCGGCGCUCCUCAACACACACACUCUCUCAACCAUAAACCCUACUCCGACGCCUUACUCAAACCAAGGGUUUUCAGCGAGGGAUGACAGGCAGGAGCACGUAAUUUGAAAACCCUUAUCGUCGCUGGUUCCAAAGUUCCCUUCGCCAUUGUCGCUGGUUCUACUUGCUGUCGCUGCUAGCUUGUGCUUAUCCAAUGGCCUGGUGAGGGCCUAUCAUUUUCUAUUGCGGCCGUGUUGAACACGAGGGCGUUGCAAACAUUUGAAUCUCUUGAUGCUAACACUUACAGAAAUGCUUUGACAUUAUUGAUACGGAAGAGGAUGAUAUCUAUCAAGCUUGGAGGUUUAGGGCUGCCAAGCGCUUGCGAGGUAUGCUCCAUGCCAUUCGCAAAAAAGGUGCCCGUCCAUAUUGGAUCCCACCAGAAGUUCUUGGUGAAUUGAUGAGACGUUGGGACACUGAUACCUAUAGACAAUUACAGGCGAGAAAUACAGCUGCCAGGAAAUCGACUCAAGGUACUUCCCUUCACACUGCAGGAGGCACCACCUUUCCAGAAGCGAGGUUACGCUUGAAUCAUUCGCUUGGAAGACCAUCACGUAUGGAUGAGUUUUUUGAGCACACUCAUACUCGCAAAGAGGAUAGGACUCAAUGGGUUGAUGAACACUCCCGAAAGACAAAGGAUAUAUUUCAAGAGCGUAUGUUUCAGGCUGAGCAAGAGCGGCAGGCUGCUAUAGAGGCUGGUGUAACUGAUCCACCGCCUGUCUCUGAAGAAAGCAUAUGGAUUGAGACAGUGGGUGGAAAACAAAGAGGUAGGGUAUAUGGCAUGGGUGAGGUAAGGGACUCUUCCAUGGUGCGGCCUCGAGUUGAUGGGCCAACCACGACCACCAGUGCUGAUGUUUUGGAUCUUAGAGAACGAAUCAUAAUACUCAAUAGGGAAGUUGAACAACAUGCCGCUAAAUAUAGAGAGCUUGAAGACCGCUACCAAAGGGAGAAAAGAGAGUGGCAACAGACUGUUGAAUCCUUGCGUGAGGAUCUCAACACCAGUAACUCACAGAUGGAUCAAUUUAGUCAUCAGUUGAGCAGUUUGACUGAGUAUGUGAGAGCCAUGGGUCCUAGUAGUUCUGGAUCACGUGUUCCCCCACCUCCUCCUUUUACUUUCCCAAGCUCUCAGAAAAGCACAGCCCCAGCCCCAGGUAGAAAACUCCCACCUAUUCUACAGCGACCAGGACAACCACAGAGUUCUCAAAGGGAGGAUGAUUCUGAUGAUUUUGAUGACUCAGAUGAUUAUUUAGACGAGUAUGAGUAGGCUAUUUAAUUACUUUACUUUGAAUAUUUUAUAUUAUUAGUAGAUUGCAAUUUAAACGAAUAUAACUCUAAGUUUAGUUAUUUAUCUUGUCUUGAGUCUU